AUGGCGCCACCACCGCGCACCAAAUCCCUCCCACCCCCCGCCUUCAAAGCCUUCUUCCCCAAGCAAAAAACAACCGUCUACAGCGACAUCCCGCCCGCGCGGCCCAGCGCACCUCACAACAUCCGCACGCUCGCAUGGAAUCCGCUUGGCACGCUCGUCGCGACCGGCGCUGGCGACCGCACGCUGCGCAUAUGGAAUCCGGAGAAGAACCAGGUUAAGAAUAGUACAGAGCUACGGGGCCAUGCGGGCGCUGUUGAGAGAGUCGCGUGGAACCCGGUCAUGGAGGCUGAGCUGGCGAGUGUGGGGAGUGAUGGGAUAGUCAGGUUUUGGGACGUCAGGCAGAGGAGUGAGAUUGGGAGGGUUGAUGUUAGGGGGGAGGGUUUUACGCUGGCGUGGAAACCGGAUGGGUCGGAGUUGGUUGUUGGAAAGAAGGACGACACGCUCCUCUGCCUCGAUCGCGCCACCCUCUCCAUCAUCUCGACCCACCGCCAAUCCCUGCAAACAAACCAGACCUUCUUCGGCUGGGCGGGCCAACACCUCUUCCUCACAACCGGCGACGGCACCGUCAAAAUCGCGCGCUACCCUCCCCCCGCCCCCGACACCAACUUCCCCACCAUCCACACCCUCAACGGCCAUACCUCCUCCUGCUACUGCAUCGACAUCUCGCCCGCGGGCACCUACGUCGCCGUCGGCGGCUCCGACGCGCUGAUCUCGCUCUGGGACACCACGGACUGGGUAUGCCAGCGCACCCUGACGAGCAUCCAGGGGCCGGUGCGCUCGGUCAGCUUCUCGUUUGAUGGCAGCUAUGUUGUUGGUGGCACGGAUGAGGGGAGUGCGGGGCUCGAGAUUGCGCAUACGGAGAGCGGGGAGGCGGUGUGGAGGAUUGAGGAGAGGAGCCCGACGCCGUGCGUGCAAUGGCAUCCGAGCAGGUAUGCGCUGGCGUAUAGUGUUGAUUCGGUAGGGCUGAAGAUCGUGGGGGGGUUGGGUGGGGUGUGA